AAUUUAAUUUUGUAAGUAAUUCAAGAUACAGUUUAUUUGAAUGAAUUACCAAAUAAAUAUGGUGAUUUUAAUAUUUGAAUGGGUACAAUUCAAAUUUAGAUGUCUGACACUUUUUGGAGUAUUUAUGGGUAGGUUCGUAUUGUUAUUGUUUGUAUUACAAAAUAUCUGUUUGUAUUACAAAAUAAUUUUUGUCUUAAAAUGUAUUUCAUGUAUUUAUGUUUUCUUGUCCAAGUAAUUUAGGAAGUUCUAAUUUCUCAUUCAUUCAACAAAUGAAUUUGAGUGAUUAUUGUGAGUCUUGAACACUUCUAGGUGCUGGGGUUAAAGCACUGAUUAACUCUAGUGGAGUGGAGAAAGAAGAUAAACACAAAUAUUACAUUAGGUGGUGAUGAGUACCAUGGACAAAAUGCUGUUGGCUUGAGACUGUCUCCAUUCUGUUCAGAAGAUUAACCCUCAAAAAUACUGGGCUGCAUGUGUAAUAGACUUUUUCAUUGAUUAUUGGUUAUUGAUUGAUGUGUAAUUUGAAUGGAUUCCCAUAUUUAUUGUCUGUUCCCUUUCAUACUACCUCCAUUUGCACAAUUGUGUUUAUAAUUCUUAGUGUGGUUCCAUUUUUUGUUGCAUAAAAUAAUACCUUCCAUAGUGCUUUAUAGUUCAAAAACAUUUUCACAUUUCAUUUUUUAAAGUGGUUAUAGCAUAAUACUUAAGGUUGAGUCAUAUGGAAUUGCUGAUGUUUGACUGUUUUGGACCUACAAAAAGCAAUUUCAUAUUGUUCAGUCUAAUACAGUGCUAUACCAACUUUUAAAAAUAAGUGUGAAAAUGUCUCAUAAACUGUAAAGUGUAAUGCACAUUGCCAAGAUUUAAAUUCUAUUUCUGCCACUCACUUCCUGCUUUCCCUAGAACAAUUACUUAACCUCAUUGUGCCUCAUUUCAUCGUAUGUCAGUGAGGAAAUAAUAAUAAUGCCUCAUGGAAUUGUGAGGAUUACGUGAAAUUAUAUAUGUGAAAGUGCUUAGAAAUGUGCCCAGCACAUAGUAAAGGCUCAAUAAAUGUUAUUGUUACUAUUACUACCCUAUGGGGCAGACAUUAUCAUUCUGUUUUGCAGAUGACGACACAGAAGCUUGUAGAGAUUUUAUGAGUUUUCCUGAGCUUAUGCAACCAGAAAUCAAAACCAGAUCUUCAUGGAGGAACACGGAGUGACCCAAACUGAACACAUGGCUACCAUAGAAGCGCAUGCAGUGGCCCAACAAGUACAGCAGGUCCAUGUGGCCACUUACACUGAGCACAGUAUGCUGAGUGCUGAUGAAGACUCACCUUCUUCCCCUGAGGACACCUCUUAUGAUGAUUCAGAUAUACUCAACUCCACAGCAGCUGAUGAGGUAACAGCUCAUCUGGCUGCUGCAGGUCCUGUGGGAAUGGCUGCUGCUGCUGCUGUGGCAACAGGAAAGAAACGAAAACGGCCUCAUGUGUUUGAGUCUAAUCCAUCUAUCCGGAAAAGACAGCAAACACGUUUGCUUCGGAAACUUCGAGCCACAUUAGAUGAAUAUACUACUCGAGUGGGACAGCAAGCUAUUGUCCUCUGUAUCUCACCCUCCAAACCCAACCCUGUCUUUAAAGUAUUUGGCGCAGCACCUUUGGAGAAUGUGGUGCGUAAGUACAAGAGUAUGAUUUUGGAAGACCUGGAGUCUGCUCUGGCAGAACACGCCCCUGCGCCGCAGGAGGUUAACUCAGAACUGCCACCUCUCACCAUCGAUGGAAUUCCAGUCUCUGUGGACAAAAUGACCCAGGCUCAGCUCCGGGCAUUUAUCCCAGAGAUGCUCAAGUAUUCCACAGGUCGGGGAAAACCAGGUUGGGGGAAAGAAAGCUGCAAGCCCAUCUGGUGGCCAGAAGAUAUCCCAUGGGCAAAUGUUCGGAGCGAUGUCCGCACAGAAGAGCAAAAGCAGAGGGUUUCAUGGACCCAGGCACUACGGACCAUAGUUAAAAACUGUUAUAAACAGCAUGGUCGGGAAGAUCUUUUAUAUGCUUUUGAAGAUCAGCAAACACAAACACAGGCCACAACCACACACAGUAUAGCCCAUCUUGUACCAUCACAGACUGUAGUCCAGACCUUUAGUAACCCUGAUGGCACUGUCUCGCUUAUCCAGGUUGGUACAGGGGCAACAGUAGCCACAUUGGCUGAUGCUUCAGAAUUGCCAACCACAGUCACUGUUGCCCAAGUGAAUUAUUCUGCUGUGGCUGAUGGAGAGGUGGAACAAAAUUGGGCCACGUUACAGGGAGGUGAGAUGACCAUCCAGACAACGCAAGCAUCAGAGGCCACCCAGGCAGUAGCAUCAUUGGCAGAGGCUGCAGUGGCAGCUUCUCAGGAGAUGCAACAGGGAGCUACAGUCACCAUGGCACUUAACAGUGAAGCUGCUGCCCAUGCUGUUGCCACCCUGGCUGAGGCCACCUUACAAGGUGGGGGACAGAUUGUCUUGUCUGGGGAAACCGCAGCAGCCGUCGGAGCACUUACUGGAGUCCAAGAUGCUAAUGGCCUGGUCCAGAUCCCUGUGAGCAUGUACCAGACUGUGGUAACCAGCCUCGCCCAGGGCAAUGGGCCAGUGCAGGUGGCCAUGGCCCCCGUGACCACCAGGAUAUCGGACAGCACGGUCACCGUGGAUGGCCAGGCUGUGGAGGUGGUGACAUUGGAACAGUGACAUGCAGCUGUAUUGGGGCAUCGUUUUCUAGUCUACUUCAAGAUUUUUUACACGUUCGCAGAGGUGCAAUCAAAAGGAAUUAAUAAGUCUCUCGACUUUGGAAGAAAAGUUUUGUUAACCUUUUUUUUUUAAAGGAAGAAAAGCAGAGGAUUUUGGAAUUGCAUUUUUUAAAGCACCACUCUUGGUUUUCUGGGAUUGGUGGAGUAAGAAACUGUGCUGUCAAUUUCACUGUCCCAAAAAAGCCAAAUUGUGGCAGGACUUCUUUCUGCAGAAACGUGUGUGUAUACUAUGUGUGUGUAUGUGUGUGUGAAUAUAUGUAUAUGUGUACAUAUGGACAUACACAUUUACAUAUAUAUAAAGUAUAUAUAUACAUAUAUAUGUAUGAAACCCGCAUGGAAUUAUCUGUAUGAAGUCAAGGUGAGCUGUGGAAACAAUAAUUCACCCAGUUUAGUGGGUGGUAGGGUACGUGGCCAGACACAGUCACCCGGUAUUUGUUCAUACCAGGGUCAUGCGUUGAGCUACUGACAAACUCAGGCGGAGGUGACCAUGCCCUUCACCAAAGCUGCCUCCCAGUGGCCACCUAGAACUCUCCCUGCUGGACUCACCUGAGAAGGGAGGUUCCAGUACAGAGUGGGGUCCAGAAAAUGUGCUUGCAAGGUCCAGGGGCCGCAUGGUCUGCCAGCUGAGAUGCUCCUUGGGCUGGCCCAGGUGCUGACCUUGCCACAUGCAGAUGAAUGUCCUAAAAGCUCCCAGACAGGGACAAGAGGGUUUUUCUCAGCUUCCCAUCUCCUUCCCUUCCCUGGAAUCCUCUUGAUCUCAUGACUAUUAAAAUGUUGCUUUGGUUUUAAGGUCAGUCCUGAAUUGGUCAUGUAUAUGAACUAAAGGUAACAGAAGUAUUAAGGGUUUGAGGAGUGUGUGUGUGUUAAGUGUGCUUGUGAGUGUGUGGAGGGGGGUGGGGCAGAGAAUGGGAAGGGGGUGGGAGGGGUUGGAAAGGAAAGGAAGAAGGGAGAGAAAAAUCUUCAUAGACCAAGGUACACCAAUGGGAGCAAUUUUCUCUAGCUGUCUAUAGCUGUAACUUUCUGUAGCUUAACAGAGGAGACUCUGGAACUGAAAAGGACACCUAGUCCAUGGAAGACUGGCCAUCACAAAAGGCAUGUUUUAGAAGAGAAAAGAGCUGAGGAUGCUUCCUGCCUUCCUGGAUCUGGCCUGCUUCAGAAGGCACACUGUGAGGCCCAAUUUCCUGGGUGCAUUCUGGUGGCCCAAGCCCUGAACAGCUUUGCGACUCACAGGUGUUGAUUGGUCUUGGUAUUCUUUGUAACCAUUAAGUUCUGGGCUUUCUCAGCUGCAAGCCCUGAGUAUCCAGUGGCUAAAUUCACCUGACGUUUCAACAGGCCAAAUCUCUGCUCCGUGAGUACAGGGACAGCUCUUCCUCCCUCCUCCCAGGUCCCCCCACGUGUGUGAUAGUGUAUUUAAUGUUUUUUUAAUGCGACAUUAAAAAAUUCUUCAUGUCUUGCUCAGCCUUUGAGAAAAGUUUCAGAUUCUUGUAUUUGCUUGUUUUAUAUAAAACUAUCCAAUGUUGUUUGUAUGUUCUUUUCUGUACAUAAUGGGGGUAGGGAAGGGAUAUUUCCAUAUAAACAGUCCUAGUUCUACAGUCUGUUAUUUUUUUAAUUAUUAUUUUUUAUCAUCAUUGUGAAGCUGUCCAGGGGCUUUAAAGUCCGUGUUCCUUUGUGGUGAAAUAACCUCCUAAUAGUUUGAGAAGUUGCCAAGAAGAAGAAAAAAAACAAAACCCCAGUAGCAGAGCAUGGAUCUGUGUUGUUUUCCAUUCUGUCUAUUAUAGCCUCACUCAAUAAAUAGUUAAAAAUGUGGCAA